AUGUCGACACGUAAUGAAGGUCUCAUCCCAAUAAUAUCGAUGUCAAAUUCGAUGAUACAGAAAAUUAUCGAGUCUAACAUAUCCUGCGAUGCGACACAAGGAGAAGGCAUUAUUGCUUAUCUUAUUGGUGAUAUUUCUUAUGAUUCACCACUUGGUAAUCCUCUUAUCAGAAUCACUCAAGUAGUUGAAGGUAUAGAAGCAGAAGAUGAAGUUUUUCCAAGCAAAUGCGGGGAAAAUCAAAUAUCAAUUCGUUAUGAAAGCUUUCCAGAAGAAAUGCCUGAACCAGAUCCAACAUUAUUAAACGAACAUAUUAUGGAUACAGUUCAUACUGUAUUUUCUCAAGAAAAAACCAUAUAUAAGAUAGUUUGCUACCAUUAUUUUCAAAAUAAUGAUUCUGUUUUUAGAUUUUAUUUUCCAUUCCCCACAUUUAAGACUACAUUCGAAGAAAUAGGAGAAUCUCAAAAGCCUACGUCAUUUCUUGCAGGAAGUUAUCCAAAAUUACAAUAUAAAGCAACAUCUAAGCUAAUCGAUGCACAAAUAUCUGGCGCAGAAGGUCCAGAUGACGUAUCAAUUCAGCCGAUCAUAGCAGACCUCGCAGCUCGCUUCCCAACAACUCCAAUUCACUUAACAAUCGGAAAUAUAAUAUAUAAUCUUCACGUACAACAGCAAUCGACCACAAAAAUGUUUUAUGCUACAGCUCUAGUAUCUGAUCCAAGCGAAUCCAUUUCUCUUUGCUUUGGAAGAAUCUCAACAAAAACAGAUAUGCGAUCUGAUAUUCAAGCUCUUGGCAAUCAAGUCAUGGAAACCAAAGAAGACAUAAAAUCCAUAGUAGAACAGAUGUCAUCAAUGAAAAACGAAAUUUCUGAACUAAAAUCUUUAAUUACAGACUUAGCAACUGUUGUUAAGAACAUUACAGUAGUACAUCCAUCAGCGCUUAACUCUCCCCAACAUACAGAAACUGCACAACCUUUAGUUCAAAGUAAAUCUGCUCUUUCUUUCAGAAAGAAGAAAUCAAAAGAUGUAGCAGUUCGACCAACAAAGCCUGAAGAAAAGCCAUCUCCUAAAAGACCAACAACAAUAUCUACGCCAAAAGAUACAGACAUUUCUCCACCAAAAUCUUUUGUUACAAAAAUUGACAAUUUCGAAGAACCAAAAGUGACAGCAAAAGUGACAAAUACAAAAGAAUCUAAUUUUGAACCAAAAUUCGAAGAUGUUUCCGAAAAACCUAAACCAAAUAUAGACCAACCCAGCCAGGAUAAUUCUAGCUUAUACCAAUAUCUUGAUAUUUCUCCAAAUUCUUCAAUUAAAUCCGGUAGACAAAAAACUGAAAAAUCUGAUAGAAAGAAGGACAAAUUAGAUUUCCAGCCUCAGUAUACUUCCCCUCAGACAUCAAGAUAUGAAUCAAUUACCCCUCAGAAAACAGGAAUUCCAGAAUCUCCUCAACUUUCUGCAGAAGCGUUCUCCAUUGGAUCAUAUAAGAAAAGCUCUCUUAAAAGAGACUUUCCACAGAUGAUUCAAGAACCUUCUGCUAAGAAAGUUUCACCAAAAAUUAGUGUUUCUAUGGGUGAACAAACACAAGGAACACAACAGUUGUUUAGUAUAUUAGGUAUCAAAGAUGAUUAA